CCUCACCGCGUCCUCCGCAGGAGUCAAACCGAGCCCAACGAGGCCACCACGCGACAGAGCUCGAGAGAAGCGAGCGCGCACGGCAUGGAGCGCGAGAGCUCGAGGUCGCGCGGCGACGGCAGCGGCAGCGGACGAAGGUUGGGCCGUAGCAACGCGAUCAAGAACGUCCACUACGAACCCGCCACCGCCGCUGCCGGCGAAGAAUCCCCUCGCCUCUCGACCCACUUCGAUCCGCACCCUCCCGCUGCCGCGUACUCCACCAUAACGAGCUUCCGGAUGGGCGGUGUCGAUGGCGAGGUCGACCUCAUCUGCCGCAGCCUCGGACUCUCCGGCCCGGAGGACUUCGCCAUCCCCACCUCCGUCUGGGAGGAGGCGCGAAGGGCCCGCUCGUCCUCCGACCUACUCCUCUUCCCCCCUUCCCGCGAUUCCUUCUCUCGGUCGCCGCCCACUCUCUUAGCAGCCUCCAAUUUUUUCGAUGCUAUUGACGACCGACGGACGCUAGUCGUCGAUGAUGAGGCCGGGGACAAAAAACAGCUUCCUAUUGGCACUAGAAGAGGCGUUGAAGGUAUUAGACGAGGGUUUAAGCGAUUGGAGAUCACCCUUCCGAAUAAGAUUUCGAGAUUGACUCUCAACCCUCCGCCGCCGAUCUCUCUGCCUCAUGUCGACGACGGGACCUCGACUUGGGAUAUUGUGAGGUCUUUUGCUUCCGGCGAGGAAGAGGAACGUCCGGCCCCUGAGCAUGAUGACGGUAAUGAUGCCGCUACGAGUACUUGCUUGGAGAGGAGGCCCUUUGGUUCUGAAGAGGAUGGGAUGAGCGACGAUGGGGAGAAAUUGAGGCUGAGGUCGGGGGAUACAGACAAAGAGCUUACUGGGUCGACUUCGGCCAGCGCCAGUGACUCUUCUGCUGUGGCGGUGAUUACCGUCUCACCUAAUGCAAUUUUGAGGAGGAGCAUCAAGUCUUGGACAAGAGGCGGUAGACUUGGAAGCGGCUCGUUCGGGACGGUGUAUGAGGCUAUCAGUGCUGAUGGAUUUUUUCUUGCUGUCAAAGAAGUCUCCUUGCUUGACCAAGGAAAUGAUGCCAAAGAAUGUAUUUAUCAGCUGGAGCAGGAAAUUGGACUCUUGUGUCGUUUUGAACAUGAAAAUCUAAUUCAAUUUUAUGGCAUGGACAAGGAUGUUUCAAAAUUGUACAUUUUCCUUCAACUUGCUACUCAAGGAUCCUUAGUUUCACUUUAUCAGAAGUAUCAUUUGCAGAACUCCCAAGUUUCUGCAUACACCAGGCAAAUUUUGGAAGGAUUGAACUAUCUACAUGGUCAAAACGUAGUGCACAGAGACAUCAAGUGUGCAAAUAUUUUGGUUGAUGCAAAUGGAUCAGUGAAGCUUGCUGACUUUGGCCUGGCAAAAGAGAUAUCUAAGUUGAAUUGGGCAAAAUCGUGCAAAGGAACUGUAUAUUGGAUGGCCCCAGAGGUUGUGAAGACCAAGCCAUAUGGGCCUUCAGCUGACAUAUGGAGCCUUGGGUGCACUGUUUUAGAGAUGCUGACGCGUCAUCCUCCUUAUCGCAAUCUAGAAUGGAUAGAAGCUUUCUAUAAGAUUGGUCAUGGUGAACUGCCAAAUAUCCCUAACUCCUUAUCCAUAGAGGCCCAUGAUUUCGUUAGAAAGUGCUUACAGGUCAAUCCAGAAGAUAGGCCCUCUGCUGCUCAGCUGUUAAAACACCCAUUUGUUAAGCGAUCACAUCCGGAUUCUGCUGGUUCUGUACAGUCUUCACCAACAAAAGCAAGACCCAGAUGAAAGUAGUCAUGAAAUUGCGAGGUACAGCCCUGAAUUUUAGGGUGUGUGGGUGAGUAGCUAGCUGAUGGGGGACGCUAUUGAUCUCACCCUGAAAGUGCCUCCAUCUGUGCCCCAAGAACCAUGAGGAUGACACAGAAUUACUCUCAUUUUUUGCCCAACUCUGGAAGGCGAGGAUUCCUCCAAAAAAUGGCCAGCCUUCCAGGUGAGAAAUCCAUGUGUGUUUUCUGCAAUUUAAUGUAAAAAAUUACCUGAAAUUAUGAAAAGAUUCCACAUACAUUCCAAUGAGAUAUAUCAUCUUUGUUUAAUUCAAAUAAUGGCAUCAUAAUUCAGUUAUUCCCUGAUUCACAUUCAA